UCGGUAGAAUGUGCUGCUUACUUCCUGGACCUGGAGCAUCUACACACCUGUGUCCCCAGUUGGUUAAAGCGCGUUAGUCUUUACCCCCACUCACUCACUCAAUACCUGCCGUGACUCUAGAGGCGAGUGAAUGGCGCUGGAUUGACAAUUUUAGCUAAGGUUGUUAUUUUUACCGAAUACACUUUGAGCAAAUUUCGGCGUCACAAGACUUUCAAGACACCACUUUUUUUUCUCGGCCAGCUGAUUGGACGGACACGACAGCAAGGGAACUGAAAUUGAGGCAGUUCCCAUUACCGUGGGAAAACUUCUGGAAGUUUCACUUGAAAGGGGUGAUUUCUAUCUAAGCGACGAGGUGUGUUUCCGAGACGUGCGCAUAUAACCAAUUUUCACUUUGCGCAUUUUCCAAAAAGUGCUCUCAAUGGUCUCCGUGCGCUUUCGCGGAAUAUGGACCUGUUUGCUAGUAAGUUUGGCUCUUUUGCCAGACGCCAGCCUUUCUGACGAAACUGCUCAGGCAUGCACAAAGAUAUUCCAGAAAGGCAGGGGGGACUUUUUUCUGGACACAGAGGAUUCCGUCUUGGACGGGGCCACAUACAUUGACGCCUCGGUUGUUCAGAGUCCCGAAGAGUGCAAAGCGGCCUGCUGUCAAAACGCGAACUGUAACCAUGCGUUGAUCAAGACCGAGGAGAACGCAGAGCAGGCGUCUGGAGUAAACAACUGCUUCCUGUUUGAUUGUCUGUACAAACAGAAAUUUGUAUGCAGAUUUGUGAAGAAGACUGGCUUCGUCAAUUACAUCCUGGACUCUGUCUAUGGUGACUAUCUGGACGGCCCAACCUCAGAUACAAGUAACAAGUUUUCGAGAAGCGGGAACACUGAUGCUGAGAGUAAUGACGACAAGAAGCCCAUUGCCAACGCAGGACAGGACCUGGUGGUCCAGCCCAAUGAGAUGGUCACCCUCAACGCCCAUCAGAGCUGGGACGACGACAAGAUCACCAGCUAUGAGUGGAACCAGGUGCUGGGGGACCCGUCUGUUGAAAUGCAGAAAACUACAUUUGAGGACCAGAUAGAGCUGUCGAACCUGAAGCCAGGCGUGUACAAGUUUGAGGUGACCGUCACGGACACCAAAGGUCAAACGGACACGGCAGGGGUCACGGUUCUAGUGCUGACAUUAGAAGAGUCUGAGAGUCACUGUAUGGCCCCUAAGAAAGUGGGCCCGUGUCGCGGCUCCUUCCCCCGCUGGAACUACAACGCGGUGAGUGACCGGUGUGAGGAGUUCACCUUCGGAGGCUGCCGGCCCAACGCCAACAACUACCUGACAGAGGAGGAGUGCAACAAGGCCUGCAAGGGCGUCUCCGCUCUCGUCAAUCUGGAUAAAGGAGGAAGGAGUAUUGACAUAGCAACUGAAGUGUGUGGUAAGCAGUGUGUGGUUGGCCAGUUCCUGUGUGCUAAUGGCUGUUGCCUGGACAAGGCUCUGGAGUGUGACGAGGUGGCCCAGUGCAGCGACGGCUCGGACGAGGCAGACUGCAGAAACCUGAAUAAAACCCUUACCUACCUGAUUGGCAUCCCUGUGAAUGAACGUAAAGCGCGCUGCACGGAGCCUCCGGUGACUGGGCCGUGUCGUGCCAGUAUGACGCGCUGGUUCUACGACCCGCUGAGUCGGCAGUGCAGCCGCUUCAACUACGGGGGCUGCGGGGGCAACGAGAACAACUUCGAGAGCGACGCGGACUGCAUGAGCAUGUGCAAGCACGUCACAGAGAAUGAUGUCUUUGCCCGUGGAGUGUUUGAACGCAUUGAACAAGAAGAAAGCCAGUCAGGCUCGGUGGCCAUCGCCGUGGUGCUGGCCCUGUGCAUCCUGAUCGUGCUGGCGUUGCUAGGAUACUGCCUCCUGAAGGAGAGGAGGAAGAAGAGCCAGCAGCAGCAGGUGCGGGGGGUUGCCAACGGCGGCCAGAUCCCCCUCAACGACGAGACCGAGCACAUGGUCUACAAGUCAACUACCAAGCCCGUCUGAGGCGCGGGGGGUGGUAGGAGGGCGAGGGGGGGCUGCCCCACCCCACCCCACCCCAUCCCAUCCCACAUCUUCACUUUGUCUUUUAGUGUGUGGCUGUGUGACUGUGUGAGACAGUGAGUGUGUGUGUGUGUGUGCAUUUGAAUGUGUGUGAUGGUAGUGUGUACACAAUAUGCUCUGAAGCAAGAGGCUUGUUGUGGGUGUAUUUUUGUGUGUGUGUGUGUGCGUGUGUGCGUGUGUAAG